UGCUGCAAUCACUUUUUGGAUCUACCUGCACCAUCGUACUCAGCAUGCACUUCUCAGAUCCAGCAGGAAAGCAUCGUCAACCACAGACAUGGGUCCCAUGGCCUCCUCCCAAGGACUAUCAAUUAGACAGCAGGCCAUGGCGAUUGCCGCCACACAGACCGAUGAUCAUUUCAGGUGCCGAGUUAGUGGACCCUGAGCAUGGUGAAACGGUCAAGGGAAUGGACAUCAGGAUUGAAGACGGCAAGAUAGUAGAGAUCGCGCCUUGCGAGAGCCUGUCGGGGUACAGAGAUCAACGCAAUGCGACAGUAAUUGAUGCCACUGGACUCUACAUCUGUCCAGGGCUCAUCGAUUGCCAUGUACAUAUACUCGCAGGUCUGGGCACUGCUGAGGACGAACCUGGUACGGAGAUGGAGAAUGAUCUGAAUACUGCGCUAGGACUUAAAUACAUGUUGUCGAAUGGCUUUACAACCGUUCGUGACGUCGGCGGGGCCACGGCUAAGCACCGUUAUUCUACCGAGUCUUGGCUCACACCUGGGCCGAGACUGUUUGUGGGAGGGCCAGUUAUGUCCAUGACCGGGGGGCAUGGCGAUCACCGAUCACAGUUUGACAUGCUCUCCACCAACAGCCCAUAUGGCCAAUUCUACAAUGGCGGUAUGGAGCAUACGAGCACGAUCGCCGAUGGGGUGGACGAGUGUCUCAGAACCGCACGCAAGCUCAUGGCAGCCGGCGCGGAUCACGUCAAGAUCUGUACUUCGGGUGGUGUAUUGUCUCCCUAUGACAAAGUCGAAGCGGCUCAAUAUACUGUACCAGAGAUCAGGGCUGUCUGCGAGACGGUCAAGGCAUUGGGUGGCACCCUCACCACAAGCCACUGUAACAGUGAUUUGGGCGCGAGGAAUGCUAUCGAGGGAGGAGUAGGAUGCAUCGAGCACGGCGGCAUGCUUUCGAGAGACACCCUUCAAUCGAUGAAGGAAAAAGGUAUCCAUUUGGUCCCGACCUUGAUCGUUCAGGAUGCCGUUGUCAACGGUCCUCUCAGGCCGUAUGUAUCGAAGCGGUCCUACGAGAAGGCAAAGACCGUGGCUUCGCAUUCUGAAAUCACGAUGAAGGAUGCUGUGGAGAUUGGAGUGAAUAUCGGUUACGGGACAGAUUACGUCCCGAUGUUCCAGCUCGCCGAGUUUGACCUGCGAGCAGCGUUCCUGCCAUCAAAAGAGGUACUCAAACAUGCAACAUGCAAUGCAGCCAAAAUCCUCGGAAUGGAAGGCAAGCUUGGAUGUAUCAAAGAAGGCGCGUUGGCCGACUUUUUGCUCCUGUCGGCCAACCCGAUCGACAAUGUGAAGAUCCUCAACCGUCCGGACAAGCAUCUCAAAGCGGUGGUCAAGGACGGGCGGUGUGUCAAGUCGAGUGUCAAGGGGCUGCCUGUGGAGGUAGAGUUAUUCUAGUGUUUUGUUUUUGUUGUCAUUAUUGCAAUUGGUACGGACGUGAUUUGAUUGCCGAUUGU